AUGGUCGGCGUGGUCUUUGACACCUGUGUACGCCUAAUUAAAAUCCAUAUCAGUGCGCCUACCGCUACCAAGGCUAUCCUAGCAAAUUAUUUGCCAACUCAUGAACAGCGCUUGAGUCAUGACUUAAAAAUUUACUUUCAACGUAAAUGCAGGCUGUGUAUAGUCCCGAAAUAUUUUUGCGUUAUUUCGAAAUGUCCCCUUAUUACAACAGUUGUCUGCUUUUUUACAGAUCCACCUGACAUCACUGUUGAUCCUCAAAAUACAGCUGUAACAGAAGGAGAUAACGUGACUUUAUCUUGUAACGUUGAUGGAAAUCCAGCACCGUCAAUAUCAUGGACCACAGAUGGAUUUCAAGUAAAUACAACCAUCAAUUCCAGGAUCAGUUUUUCAGCAGACAAGAAGCAGUUGACAAUAACGAAAGUGAAAAGAACAGAUAAUGGUAACUAUCGAUGUGUGGCAAACAACAGCCUUGGAAACGCUACAUCCGAUGCUGCUACAGUGGAUGUACAAUAUCAACCCGAGAUCACUCUUCAUCCAGAAAACCAAACAAAAUCAGAAGGAGACAAUGUGACUUUAUCCUGUAACGCUACGGGAAAUCCACAACCGACAAUAUCAUGGACCAGAAAUGGAUUUCCUGUAAAUACAAGUAACAAUUCCAGUAUCAGUUUUUCAGAAGACAAAAAGCUGUUGACAAUAACCAAUGUGAACAGGACAGACAGUGGAGAAUACCGAUGUCUGGCGAACAACAGCCUUGGAAAUGAGACUUCCGAUGUUGCUAGACUGGAUGUACAGUAUCCACCUGACAUCACUGUUGAUCCUCAAAAUACAGCUGUAACAGAAGGAGAUAACGUGACUUUAUCUUGUAACGUUGAUGGAAAUCCAGCACCGUCAAUAUCAUGGACCACAGAUGGAUUUCAAGUAAAUACAACCAUCAAUUCCAGGAUCAGUUUUUCAGCAGACAAGAAGCAGUUGACAAUAACGAAAGUGAAAAGAACAGAUAAUGGUAACUAUCGAUGUGUGGCAAACAACAGCCUUGGAAACGCUACAUCCGAUGCUGCUGCACUAGAUGUCAAUUUUGCAGUUGCGCCAGAAGUGACGAUUAUUGGUGUUCAAGAACAGUUUGUGAUAGAAGGAAGAUUAUUACUUCUGACAUGCCAGUACAAUGCUUUGCCACCAGUGUCUGAGGUGCAGUGGAACAAAAAUGGAACAGUAAUAGCAAGAAAUGAUAGUGUGGAGAUUAAUGACUCAAGAGUAACUAUUCCACAUUACAAUCAAAGCCAAGUACAAUUGGAAAUAAAUGCAACUACACCACAAGACGCUGGGAAUUACACCUGUCUUGUUGUCAAUGAUGUUGGUAACUCAUCAGAUGCAACAUCAAUUAUUAUUCAAGUGAAACCACACCCGCCGUUGAAUGUGUCAGUUCACUCAAAGAGCUCUCGAGUAGUGGUUAUUUCCUGGAUUGCUGGUUUUGAUGGAAACAGUGCAAUUCAAAACUACGCAGUGAAGAGAAGUCAAGAUAAUGAAGUGUUUGUAGAUGCUGUCUGUCAAGGAUCCCUGUCAGAUAGUUCCUGUGUGGUGUUCAAUACAAGUGCUUCUUUUGGAAACCUCUUACCUUGGACAACAUACUACUUUAAAGUGUUUGCAAGAAACAUGGUUGGCAUUAGUGAUGGGAGCUCUGUAGUGAAUGCUACCACAGAUGAAGAAGAACCUGAUGGUGUUCCACAAAAUGUGAGAGGACAGAACAGCAGCUCCACAAGCAUCUUAGUCAUGUGGGAUGAAGUUCCAGCUGAUCAACAGAAUGGUGUCAUCACGGGUUACACCAUUACUUACGAGUCACAAACAGAGCAUGACAAUGGGAAUGUUCAAGUCAAUGACUCUGUUCGUCAGACAGAAUUGACAAAUCUAAAGGAGUACGUCAACUAUAAUAUCACAGUGUUUGCAUCUACUGUCAAAGGAGAUGGACCCGCCAGUGAUCCUCCCAUUGUCGUUAGAACUGACCAGGAUAAACCCGAUGGUGCUCCACAAAAUGUGAGAGGACAGAACAGCAGCUCCACCAGCAUCUUAGUCAUGUGGGAUAAAGUUCCAGCCGAUCAACAGAAUGGUGUUAUCACGGGUUACACCAUUACUUACCAGUCACAAACAGAGAAUGACAAUGGGAAUGUUCUAGCUGGUCCUGAUGAUCGUCAAAAGGAAUUGAUCAAUCUAAAGGAGUACGUCAACUACAAUAUCACAGUGUUUGCAUCUACUGUCAAAGGAGAUGGACCUGCCAGUGAUCCUCCCAUUGUUGUUAGAACUGACCAGGAUACUUCUUCCAGUAUGAUUGACGCCACUCCUAUGUGUAUCUGUCCUUGCAAUCCUACUUCAACGAGAUCACAAAGUACCUCGUGGCUAUAUCAUUCAACGAGUAGUGCAAUCAUUACAUCCAGCACUUCUGACCAGAGUUCUUCAUCCAUCUACAUCUUAACGACCACUGCAACCGCUGCAUUACAAAAUGCAUCCUUACCAUAUCAUUCAACGAGUGGUGCAAUCAGUACAUCCAGCACUUCUGACCAGAGUUCUCAAUUCUCCGACAUCUUAACGACCACUGCAACCAAUACAACUAGUGCCUCUGCCUCUUUGAGUUCCUCUGUAUGUUAUUGUCCCUGCAGCACCACAUCUUCGACAUCUUAUAUGUUGUCAUCAGAAAAUAUCAUGGCAAAUUUUACCCAAAGCAUGUCGCCGUCUGCAACCGAUUCAAGCAGUAGUGUCAGUUUGUCUUACAGUUCCAGCAGAAGUGCUAUUGUUUCAGAAUCCGUCAGUUCAAGCAGCAGUGUCACUGUUUCGCCAAGUUCCAGCAGCAGUGCCAGUUUGUCAGACAGUUCCAGCAGAAUAAUUAUAAACAUGCACUGCUAA